CAGCUCCUGCCAGCCGUCCCGGGUAAAUGCCCAUUUUUCUUAUGCUGGCAAGGUUUUUUUGGCUGUCAGUUUUAAGCUGAAUGAAAGCGAUUUGACAACUGUUCUUUCUUUCUUUGACGUUUGUUGAUAUCGUGCUAAACGAACGCCAAAAUGGUGAACGUACCCAAACAGCGCAGGACCUACUGCAAAAAAUGCAAGUGCCACAAAACUCACAAGGUGUCUCAGUACAAAAAGUCCAAGGAAAGGCACGCUGCCCAGGGUAGAAGGCGUUACGACCGUAAACAGCAGGGUUACGGUGGUCAGUCCAAACCCAUCUUCAAGAAGAAGGCGAAAACCACAAAGAAAAUUGUACUCCGUCUUGAGUGCGCAGACUGCAAGGUGAGGUCACAGGUGGCUCUGAAGCGCUGCAAGCACUUCGAGCUCGGCGGUGACAAGAAGAGGAAGGGACAGAUGAUUCAGUUCUAGGCUGGAUAAUAAAUAAGUUUAACCCA